AUAGUUUCUAAAUAAUAAGUACAUAUAGAGUAGAAUACCCCCCCAAAAAAACAAUAUGUAGUUCAUAGAUGACAAGGGGGCAUAUUGCAACCGCACGGAUAAUGAAUAAAUGGCCACCAAAGAUGAUCACCAUCACCACUACAUUGGUGAUGGGUAUGAUAAUUCUCUUUACCCUCUUAAAUCCCCAUUCUGAGGCUAUCACUCACACAUUCAUUCCUAAACUCUUUGAUUCACAAGUGCAGUUUUCUCCCGUACAUGAAUUCUGGAAAAAUACCUUUGUUCAUAUGUAUGCACAUGCACCGGUUUUCAAACUAGCGAAGGGUCAGGAUCCAAUCGAAAUGGUGGAGCGUUUGCCUGGAGUCAAGACCAAAGAGGUUCUUCUUGCAAGAGCCAUUAUAUCGGCACCUGUGAUUGAAGAGCUUACUACCAAACACCAAGAAAUAAUGGCUGCUUUACCACACAGUUUGCCGUACAAAAAAGAUACUAGUGGAGUUGUAUUUAUAGGUGGAGGAAAGUUCUCUUGGUUAUCAUAUGUAUCUCUUAUGGCUCUCCGUGAUACUGGAUCUACACUCCCCGUUGAAAUUAUCCUCCCCACUUACGAAGAUUAUGAGAGGGAAGUGGAAUUCUGUACAAUUGUACUUCCAAAACUAAAUGCUGCAUGCGUGGUGGUUCCCGAUGUUUUAGGCCCAGGGGCCAUGAUUGCUUCGAAAAAGGGAUUUGCAAACUACCAGUACAAAUCACUUGCUCUUGUGGUAUCAUCGUUUCAAAACGUACUCUUAUUGGAUUCUGACAAUGUCCCAUUGGGAAAUCCCGAUUCUUUGAUGAAAAGCAAGGUAUUCAAAAGGUACGGAAUGAUUACUUGGCCAGAUUUCUGGGAAAGAACAACAACGCCAGUCUUUUAUGAUGUGGCAGGAGUCACAGUCGAUGAAACGAAAAGAGUUCGGGUUGGAUCAUUCCUGUUGAAGGCGAUAUCUACAAUGAAUCCCGAAGGAACUGAAUGGGGGGAAAAGGUUGCUUUCCAUGAGUUUGCUGGAACAAUGUCCAAUCCCUCUACCGAAUCAGGCCAAUUUCUAAUUAAUAAGGCAACCCAUAGUAAGACUUUACUUCUUUCCAUGUAUUAUAAUUUGUUUGGACCUUUGGUAUAUUAUAGACUUCUUUCAUUGUCUGAGCCAGGAGAAGGAGACAAGGAUACAUUCGUGGCUGCUGCACACGUAUUGAAUGAGCCAUAUUAUCAAGUCCAUACUAAAGUGAAGCCCUUGGGGUAUUUUAACACCGAAGGAUACCGUGGUGUUGCCAUGAUGCAGCGCCAUCCAGUAUUGGAUUAUGAAGCAUAUCAAGAAGUUGUUCGCAAGCAAAAAGUUCCAGCAGAUAUACAAGUACAAGUCUCUACCCUUAAAGAUAUCGAAGAGAAAUACUUCCUGGCUAAUAAUGAUAUACCAUAUCUUUUCUUGCAUUGUAAUUUCCCCAAGCUUGAUCCUCAACAAUUAAUGGAGCUGGAUUUGUAUGACAAGGCUAAUCACCGCUUGAAGUAUCGAAUGUAUAGUGGGUUCAAGUACCCAAGCUUGGCAAAUAGUAUUGAGUUUGAAGACAUUAUGAGUCGGUAUGGUCGAGAUUUUGAGCUUCGACAAUGGGAUAACAUGCACUCUGCACUUUGUCGUCAAGAAAUCCAGUUCCGUCAUUUCCAGCAUAAUGAUAAGGAAAAGCUUUGUGGGUUGAUGACCAACCAAAUAUUGUGGAUGUCACAAGAGAAUGCAAAGAAAGGACAACCACAGGAAAGUUAGAAGGGAGGUAGAUAACAAUACUGCGGGGUAGAAUAUAAAGACUUUUGAG